GAAAGACGGAGGGCACUACAGUCGGUGUAGGAGAGAAAAUCCAUACAGAAAAUUACAGCUUUACCAUGAGUGAGACCAAAGGAUCUGCAGCAAUUGGUGGAAACAGCAAAACUUCUGGAGGACAAGAUUCCUCCAAAAAGGAUGUCCCAGAGGACUUCGACAUCGACAUGGACGCCCCUGAAACAGAAAAGGCAGCUGUUGCUAUUCAAUCCCAGUUCAGGAGGUUCCAGAAGAAGAAGAAUGAAGACAAGUCCUAGUGGCUGGAGAGGGAACCUCUUCUGAUUGACGCACCAGGAAGAUGUGGUGUGAUGCUGCAUGUGAAAGAAACUUCAUUCUAUACGGACUCAAGGAAGGGGGUGGAGCUGGAGCAAAGUCAUAACCUUUCAACCUCUAAGAAAAUGUAUUAUGCAAGUCAACUACUAUGGAAACAUUUUCUUGUAGACUCAUGUUCCUGUGUUCCUACAACCUGCAAAUGUAUCGCUAAUUUUACCAAACGAGAGCAUUUUUAUUGGCGUUGACAAAUUUCUCUCUUUUUUCCCCAUUUGCAGAUUUGGUUUUGGGAUCACUACGUUCCACAUUUACUAUUACCUCAAUACCAUUUAUAUUUUAGUGGGCACUAUAGCCAUGAUACAUUGCUGAAGAGGGUUGUUUAAAAGGUCGAAUGCAAAACACGUACAAAAUAACAAACCAUUGAAGUCAUAAAACAGCACAAAAAUGAAACGGUUAAUAGAGUUAUCAUACUUUCUGGUUUAAAUCCUAAUACACUAGAUAUAAAUUAAUAAAUUAUUAAUCUUAAUCCUAAAUCCUAAUCUGUUGUGCAGAUCUGUUCAAUUUAACUGAAUUUUAUUUUUAAACUGAUCAGUAAAUCUUGAAUCUGUUACUACCUCUAUCUGUUUGAGGUCAAAGCUUGGACAAACCUUGAACUAUUUUUGUAUUUUGCUCCUCAUGCAAUUAAGGAUUAUCAGUAAACCUGUUAAUAAAUAUCCUUGAGUC